AUGUUCUUCCGAUCGACGGCCGCAGCCCUGGUGGCAUCCUCGUCCCUCGUCUACGCCCAGACCUCGACCGUCUGCAACCCCCUCGCUACCACGUGCCCCGCGGACCCUGCGUUUGGGAAUGAAAAGGUAAGUUGCAACUUUACAUCCGGCCCCUGUGUGGCAUUCAACCCGGUCGCAGGCACCACCAUCCAGUACAACGGCCAAGGGGCCGUCUUCACGGUCGGGAAGGAAACGGAUGCACCGACCAUCAUGACGAGCAAGUACAUAUUCUUCGGACGUGUCGACGUCGUCCUCCAGGCCGCACCGGGCCAAGGCAUCGUCACGAGCGUUGUGCUGCAGUCGGAUGAUCUCGACGAGAUCGACUGGGAGUGGAUCGGCAGCGAUAGCAGCCAGGCCCAGACCAACUACUUCAGCAAAGGCAACACAUCCACCUACGACCGCGGCAAGUUCCAUCCCGUCAGCAACCCGGCUAGCACCUUUCACACCUACGGCAUCCAGUGGAACUCGACGGCCGUCGUCUGGACCAUCGACGCAGCCGUCGUUCGCACGCUGGCCUACAACGACGCCAACGGCGGGCAAGGCUUUCCCCAGACGCCCAUGCAGGUCAAGCUCGGCAGCUGGGUUGCCGGACGCGGCAGCGCCGCCCCGGGAACCGUCCAGUGGGCCGGCGGGUACGCCGACUGGUCCAAGGCGCCCUUUUCGGCAUACUACAAGAGCAUUUCCGUCGUCGACUAUGCCGGUGCCGAUGAGCCGACGACCAAGAGCGUCAAGGAGUACGUCUACGGAGACCAAUCGGGCACCUUCAAGAGCAUCCGAUGUAACUGA